UUUUAAUUCUCAAAUCGUCAUGUAGGAAUCAUCCAUCGUAUAUUUGCAUAAUAUUUGCUCCUUACCGUUUUCACACACACACACACACACACACACACACACACACACACACACACACACACACACACACACACACACACACACACACACACACACACACACACACACACACACACAGAAACAUAAAAACCUCUUUCUGUCGAAAUUCCGACUGUCCCUGAAUGCACCUCGACUACCAACGGUGGACGUGACGCUAUUUAAUUACUUCUGACUCCUGACUUUGAGGUAAGCGGCUGCAUCUCUUUCACUUCUCCCCCAAAUAAUGUUUAAUUCGCCGGUUUAGCACACCGAGUUAGUGUUCAAACUCCCGGAAACUAAUGUGAUAAGUCUCAUUUAGUUUUCACAUUACAGAAAGCCGUAGCAAAGUCCGUGUGAGAUUAAUUACACCUGUUUCGCCAAAGCUAACUGUAAUGAAACUUACAGCCACCGCAACUGAUAACGGUCGACGACGAUUAACAGAGAAAGUCGCAGUCUCUUCUCGCCUAAAUAUUAAAACCUGCCGUUUUAUUCUCUCUCUCUCUGUGAUGCUGCGGCAUAAUUGUGAUAUUGUUAUAACAAAAGGGAAAAAAUUAAACUGUCACGGUCUUAACAUCAACCAACAGUCAGCUAACUGCUGGCUAAUUAGAGUCCAUGCUCCGUGACUCUGACCGUUAAUAUAUUUUCAUGGUUGUAUCAACAAUGAACUGUCAGCUCUGAGCAAAUUCUCAGAUUUCCAUAACACGAACAUCCUUAGCAAACACAGUUGCCUCCUUUGCUCUAAUGUUAAUGUCUACCUUACUUGUUGGUUAGUCACUUUAGCUGUUUAGUCAGCAAUAGUGCUGACUUAGGCAAGUGAGCUUUUUAAGAGAGUGAAAUGUCAAUAUCUGACAUUAGUCAGCUCUUGGCUGUAUAGACCAUUUUAUGAGCAGCCUUUUUGACAUGAAAUGAUCAUUAAAACCACCUGUAGGUAAUAAUGUGUCAAAGGUACAUGGUCUUAAUUAAUAAAACUGUAACACCUGCGUCAGCUUCAAACCAGAAUGGAUGCUGUGUGAUCUGAUUUGUUCAAAUUAUUAGUAAAGUGAGAGUUCUUGUUUGUGGUGUGAACUGUGCAGGUGAAAUGCAUAAUACAUUGUACAGCUUAGAGCACACAAAAUUUUGCCAGCCUUUUAGAGAGAGACAGAGACAGAAAAGAUUACACUAACAUGCUGUCUCCUCUUUUAGACGGAGAGAGGUUCCAGCGCUUGUUUGGUGAGUACCUGAAAUUAAAAUCUAAAAUGAAAUUGACAGCAGUUUAUCACUUGAGUGUGGAUAAAAACUUACCCACUCCCUGAUAUCACAAAAUCCUUUUCUGAAGAGAUCCCAACACAUUCAAUAUAAUAUUAUUCUUAUGUAAUCUUUUUUUUUUUUUCUCAAAUCCUCAAAGUUGCUCCAAAGUUCACCAAAAUACAAUCAAAUUGUGCUCAUUUCACAUAAUUGUUACGCCUUUGGUUGAAGUCUGUCCUUUUGAAUUAAUGCUAUAUUCAGUUUUGUGUCCCGCAUAAAAUUGUAGACUUUUAAGGUUGUUCAUUUGGGUAUAAAAUUUACUCUGUGUGUGAGUGCUUCUUGCCCAAGGGCACAUAAGGUCCUCAAGCAUGCACUGCAAGAAAAAUUCUGAUACCAAGAGGAUUUCUUUGAGAGAGAGAGAACCACCUGCUUUGUCAAACUUGUACUGCUGUAAUAUCAUAGUAACUUCACCUGAUUAUUCAUGUGUACUUUUGAACUGAACCAAGCACCACACACUCUUUACCUUGAAAUAAGAGAUGCAGGGACCAGUUACUAUCCCAUCAUGUUUGAUAUCAUAUGAGCAUGGACUUAGGCUUCAAAAAUGUCACAUAGCUGACCACAGCUAAACGUAGUUUAUUGUAACUCUCAUAUGGUAUAAUUUUGUUAAAGGUAAUGAUGUUUUUUUCUCUUUUGUGUGUUAUACUGUGCAGAAGAAGAAGAGUUCCGGUGUCCAGGUUCCAGUGGAUUGUCCUGUUUUUCCCUCCCCUGCCCCCUACCCCUCUAUCCUCCUGCCUGCUCUGUCUAUUGUCCCUGCCUUCUUUCUCUACCUAAGUUUCCUUUUCAAGGUAGGAAACAAUCCGCCUUGAUACAUCCAUCCUGCUCUGUCUAUUUUCUCAGCCUUUUUUCUCUCUCCCUAAGUCUCUCCACAAGGUUGGAAACCAUCCGCCUUGAAUAAUCAAAUACUCAUCCUUGAAAUACUUGCUUUGUUGGUGCUACCACGCAUCCCUGAAAAAACUCACUUGGUUGGUGCUUCAGUGCAUAUUUGACAAAAAUCUACUACUACUACGACUACCGGUACUACUACUUCCACUACAAUUAUUACUUGUACCACUACUACUAUUGCUACUACCACUACAACUGCUGCUACUACCACCACUACUACAGCUACUACCAUUAUUACUUCUACCACUACUACUCUUGUUACUACCACUACAACUACUGCUACUACUACUACUGCUACUACUACUGCUACUAGCACAACUACUACUACCUCUACCAGUACUACUACAACUACGACAAAUUACCUCCAGGAACAAUGCCACGCAAAGGAAAGAAAUCCCUAGCCAAAAAGCUACACUGGCAGAAAGUGGCUGAGUCCCAAGUACCUGAUCAACGGGCGGUGAGUCCUCUUCCUUACAGCAGCAGACAGGUAAAUACCCCUGAUUCUUCUCAUGCAAAUGUCACACGUGUGUUGGCUUCCCGCAGUCAGGGGCAUUACAAAUACGCUGAUUCAAAGAACAGUCAAUGUUCCUGCAACUGUGUUACUUUCCUGGCAUUUCUGCAUGAGUUAGGACAACUCGACACUUCUGAUCUUGAUGUUGUUUUAGACAGAGGCCAUGCAAUGUAUACUCUAGCUCUCGGUCAGUUGGACGUUGAUGGUCAAAAAGUUGAUAGAUUCUUAAACACAGAUGAACUUCCACCAGUCCUUAUUGGCAACAGACAACAGCACAUAAUGACAAGGUGUCAGUCAACCAGUGGCGUCUUUACAGCUCCUACCUUGCUAAACAACAACCUUGCAGAUGUACUUCAGUGCUUGUCUGCAGAGGUUAACUAUGCGUUGUUGAUAAUGAGUUCAAUGUACAUUGCUGUUUUCCGAGACCAACACAGGCGAUAUGGCUAUUUUGACCCACACUCUCGACGGCCUGAUGGCUUACCCUCUGACUUUGUUUCUGGCACAGCUGUCGUCUUUAUCUUCACACAUUUAAGUGAUCUGAUCACAAAGCUUGUGACAUUGUUCCGUGCAGUGGGCUCUGGUCCAAAUGCUUAUUUUGAGCUGACACCUGUACAAUUUCAGACUGUGGAUGAGCUCUCAGGGGGAGAAAAUUUGCCACAUGUAGAGUCUAAUGCAGAUGUUGUUCCAAUAGAAGGGCAGCAAGAACUUCACAUGUCCAGUCUACCCCAGGCUGAAUCUGAGAUAACUGCCACAAUAAAAUCUAACAGUCAAACUUUGCCGGAUCUGUCAAGACGUAAUAAACAGGAAAGGAAGAAAUUAAAAAGAAGAGCUCUGAUGCAAAAGACAAAAGUUGCAAUUGAUAAAAAUGCAAAACAGCGUGAACGAUAUGCCAAAGACCAAUCAUACCAGCAACGUAAAAGGUCUUACACAGUUAAUCAGUACAGACAGGAUCCAGAGUUUAAACAGAGAAGGAGAUCUUACUUCAACCGUCGCUACACUGAUAAUUCAGAGUUUAAACAGAGAAGGAGGUCUUACUUCAACUGUCGCUACACUGAUAAUGUAGAGUUUAAACAGAGACAGAGGUCCUACAUAAACCGUCGAUACACAGACGAUGCAGAGUUUAAACAGAGACAAAAGUCUUACAUCAAUCGUCGAUACACAGAUGAUGCAGAGUUUAAACGGAGACAAAUGUUGUACAUAACACACCGCUAUUGUCAGGACUUUGCAUUCAGAACCAAACAAAGGCAGUAUAUCACAAAGCGUUACGCAAAUGAUCCUGCAUUCAGAGCGAGGCACAAACAAACUAUGAGACAGCUAAUGAGAGACAAAUACAGAAACAACCUUGUAAUCAGAUUAACCAACAGCGUGCGGUGUGCAAUUAAGAUUAGACAAAAAUACAGACAUUUAAACAGAAAGCAAAUCGACAUGGAUGACAGUCAGAUUAAAGAAGCCAUAGAGAUUUUUAGAUCACACGUAAAAGAUGGACCCACGUAUGUCUGCACAGUUUGUCACAGAGCUCUGUUUCCGAAUCAAGUGCGACCCUGCAAUCGUUCAAAAUAUGACAAAGAGCCACGUGUUGUUACAGCUUGCCUCACAGGUACAUAUGUUCAUGUCUGCAGUGAUGAAUGCGAAAAUUCACAACAGUGCACCGUACCAGAGGAGCGAAAGAGAGAGUGGAUUUGUUACACAUGCCAUGAUCACGUUAAGGCUGGUGGGAUGCCUCCCCUCGCCAUGGCUAAUAAUUUACAGCUUGCUGAUAUUCCAGAUGAACUGUGUGAUUUGAACAUUUUGGAACGUCAUCUCGUAGCUAAAAGCAUACCGUUUGCUAAAAUUAUUCCACUGCCCAAAGGUCAACAAAGAGCUAUCCGUGGAAAUGUUGUGUGUGUUCCGUCUGAAGUACAAGAAACUGUGAAUGCUUUGCCCAGACUAAGGAGUGAAUCUCAGGUCAUGAGAGUGAAGCUGAAGAGACGACUGUGCUACAAAGGUCAUCAGCUGUUCCAAACUGUGACCUGGCCAAAACUGGUGAGAGCUCUGCUCAAACUGAAAGAAAGUCAUCCCCAGUACAAAGACAUAACAAUCAGAGAUGAAGCUGAGUCAUGUGACCCAACGCUUCCUGAUGAUGAAGACACUGAGAGUGAUGAGGAUGACAGAAUGGAUGAUGAUGAUUACGAUGAGGAAGAUUUGAUGGAGAUUGACCGGAUUGAGAAAAAUGCACUCUGUGAGGCAGAAUGCAUUCCUGAAAACAACGAACAAGAUAUGGACAAUCAGUCAGGUAAUGAUGGCUGUGAGCCAGAGAAAGGGUCUGAUAACAUGGAGGGUGAUGAACCGAACGGUGGUGUUGUCCUUGAAUCAUGUCUGCAGCCAAGUGAUGUGUCAGAGGAGAUUUUGAGUUUUAGUGAGGGAAUCUACUCUGUUGCCCCCGCGGAAGGAAAAAAACCGUCAAGCUUUUUCAGAACACCUAAACUUGAAGCAAUGGCUUUCCCAGUUCAGUUUCCUACUGGCGAAAAUACACUGGAUGAUAACAGGCCAAUGAAAUUAACACCCUGCAGUUAUUUCAAAACGAGGCUUUGCUGUGUCGAUGGCCGUUUCGCAAAAGAUACUAACUACUUGUUCUUUGCUCAGUUUGUGACAGAAAUACAUACAGCCACUUCCAGCAUGAGAAUACAGUUGCGUAAAGGCAAACCUUUGACUCGAGAUGGCCGCAAAAUCACCAAUGCCAUGUUGCAAAACAAACGAGAAGUCGAAAGGCUAGUGCGGAACAAAGAUGCAGUAAGAUUCAUGACACCGCUGAGAGGCACCCCGGCGUAUUGGCAGAAAACAACCAAAGACUUGUUUGCCAUGAUUCGGGCUUUAGGCUCGCCACAAUUCUUCUUAACUUUCAGUGCUGCAGAAAUGCGUUGGAAAUGGGUUAUCACAGCAAUUAAAGCCCAGCAAGGUGAACACGUGAAUUUUGAAGAGCUGGAUUGGUCAUCAAAGUGUGAGAUUUUGCGAAGUAAUCCUGUCACCACAAUGCGCAUGUUUGACAAACGUGUCGAGGCUCUGUUCAGAGAUCUGAUCCUGUCCCCCGCACAGCCUAUCGGCAAAGUCGUCGACUACUUUUACCGGCUCGAGUUUCAGCACAGAGGAAGCCCACACAUUCAUGGUAUGGUAUGGGUGGCAGGCGCACCUGUCUUUGAAGAAUGCUCUGAUGAGGAGGUGUGUAAGUUUGUGGCCAGAUUCAUCAAAGCUGAGCUGCCCGAUGAAAACGAGGACCCAGAACUGUACAAAAUAGUCACAGAAGUUCAGAUGCACAGCAAAAACCACUCCAAGACGUGUGUGAAAUACAGUGGAGCAAACUGUCGUUUCGGAUUUCCCAAACAACCUGUCCCAAAAACCACAAUAAUCAGACCGGGGGCAAUUGUGGAUGAAGCAACAGACCUGGCAUUGACAGAAAAGCUUGCAACACUGAACAGGCUGCUUCAUGAACCUACGACUGCAACGCUCAGCUUUGAACAGCUUUUGGCAAAAUGUGAGUUCACCAACGAAGAAUACCACAGGUGUUUGCAGAGCAAAACCAACGGCAGUCAAGUGAUGCUGAAGCGUGGUCCCAAAGAUGUUUGGGUAAAUGGCUACAACCCCUACCUUCUGAAAGCCUGGAAUGCCAACAUGGAUAUCCAAUUCAUUCUCAACCCAUACUCCUGUAUCAUGUACAUGUGCAGCUACAUCAGCAAGGCGGAACAUGGUCUGAGUGAAUAUCUCAAAACGGUGAUACAAAACUCACGUCAGGAAGAUGUCAACGAAAGCGAUGAAAUGAAACAAAUAAUGCAGGCCUACUCCAAAAAAAGAGAGGUAAGCGCUCAGGAGUGUGUGGCUCGUGCAUGCGGUCUACAUAUGAAGCAGUGUUCACGCAGCGUGGUGUUUGUGCAGACAGAUGACAACGCUCUGAAAAUGAGUUACCCCUUGUCACACCUGGACAACAAACCUUCAGAAUCGGAACAUGUGUGGAUGACGGGGUUACCUGAUAAGUAUGUAUGCAGACCAGAAACACCAGAGUUUGAGGCAAUGUGCUUGGCAGAUUUUGCAUCGAGCUGCAGAAUAGUCUACGGCAAGCAGACAAAAGGCAAAAACACUCAUCGCCUGCUGAAUGAGAUGGGGUUUGUCCAGAAGAGAGCAAAUGAUGAAAAACAUGCUGUCAUCAAAUAUCGACCCAUCUCCCUUGAGAAAGAUCCAGAGCUGUAUUAUGGCACAUUGCUUAAACUGUACGUGCCUUAUCGCUCAGAAAACCAGCUGAAAUCCACCCACUUCCCAACUUACCAGUCCGUCCAUGACCAUGCAGCUGUUUGGUUACCUGGAUCACAGCAUCCUGAGCGCGUGAAGGCAAUUGUGAAACGCAACAGAGAAAAACAUGAGAAACACCGUGAGGACAUCGACAGUGCCAUUCAAGAGUUUGAAGAAAGAGGAAUGUUGCUAAAUGAAUGGGGCAACCUGGCGCCUGAGAGUGAGCUCGAACGGCUCGAGUGCAUAGAUGAACUCAAUGAAAGAGAAGCUGAUGAGGACGUGCAGGAGAAUGUUCCAGACUAUAAUGUGAGGUCAGACGUGAGGCAAGAAUCUGCAGUCACGAUUGAAGCCCCUGAAAUUGAUCCUGUGGUGCUGCGUGAGAUGUACCAGAACUUGAACCAAACGCAAGCUUCAGUUUUCCACACCAUCCGGGACUGGUGCUUGAAAUGUGUUUGUGGUUCAAAACCAGAGCAGUUCUUCUUGUACAUUAAUGGUGGUGCCGGAACAGGUAAGUCUCAUCUAAUCAAAUGCAUCCAUGCAGAGGCAUCUAAAAUACUCAGAAGACUUCCAAGAAAUGCAGAGGAAGCAGACAUCUCUAGACCUACUGUUCUCUUGACUGCAUUCACUGGUACUGCAGCAUUCAACAUUUCAGGUACAACAUUGCAUUGUCUCUUGAAGCUGCCCAGAAGUCUCAAGCCUCCUUUCCAAGGUCUUGGUAACAAACUUGAUGAAGUCAGGGCAGAGCUUUCAAAUGCAGAGAUACUCAUUAUUGAUGAAGUCUCCAUGGUCUCCAAACAGCUCUUUGCCUACGUGGAUGCGAGACUGAAACAAAUCAAAGGAAGUCAGAGACCUUUUGGUGGAAUGUCAGUUCUCACUGUUGGAGAUUUCUACCAGCUACCACCUGUCAGACAGUCGAAACCUCUGUGUGUGUUCGACCCGACUCAGAUCGACCUCUGGCGUGACAACUUUCAGAUGGUCACACUGACCGAAAUCAUGCGUCAGAAAGAUGAUGUCACUUUUGCUGAGACGCUGAAUCGAAUCCGUGCCAAAGAAAAGACAGUAUCUUUGUCUCAUGAAGACAGAGUUCUGCUUUCACGGGCCUUAGCUGACCCGGCUCAAUGUCCAAAAGACGUACUGCAUGUUUAUGCGACAAACAAACAGGUUGAGGAACACAACUCAAAAACCUUGGACAUGUUUCACUCCGACGUCACCACAAUAGAUGCAGAUGACUACAAAAAAGAUCCAACCACCGGGAGAAUGACGAGACAAAGUGUACCUUUCCAAGGAAACAAAAAGGAGUUGCCUGACUCGAUAAAAUUGGCCAUCGGCGCUAAUGUCAUGAUCACCAGAAAUAUAAGUGUGCGGUCAGGUCUCUGCAAUGGAACAUUUGCACGCAUUGCAAAAAUUGUGACUAAAGCAGGAAAUCCGCAUGUUGAAAAACUCGGACUGAAACUUAACAGUCAAAGUGCAGCAGCCAGCGAAGCAGAUGUGGAUGAAAACAUCGUGUACAUUGACAGAGACGAGGAGAAUCUUAAACAGACGGGAGUUGUCAGAAGACAGUUUCCCAUCAAGCUCGCUUUUGCGUGUACAAUACACAAAGUUCAAGGGAUGACAACGUCCUCAGCCGUGGUCUCACUGAAACACAUCUUUGAACCCGGCAUGGCCUACGUUGCUCUGAGCAGAGUGACCUCUCUGAGUGGACUCCACAUUCUAGACAUGGAUGAGAGGAAAAUCUAUUGCAACCCUGAAAUCACUGUAGCUCUUGAAAACAUGUCUAAAGCUUCACUUGAACAUGUCAUGCCUCUCCUCAAGAUCCCAGAAACAUUGAACAGGCCAGACACUCUCACUGUCAUUCAUCACAACACAGAAGGACUACCAGCUCAUAUCACCGACAUCCAAAGUCACCAUGAACUACAUCUUGCAGACGUGCUCUGUCUCACUGAAACUCAUCUGCGAGGAUCCUUUGUCGCUGAGAGUCUCCACCUUGAAGGCUACAACAUGUUCAAACGUAACAGAAACAUGUCUUAUUCAAACCAUCCUGCCAUGGCCACUAAAAACGGUGGCGGAGUUGCCAUCUAUGUGAAAGAACACAUCAGAGUCCUUGAGAGACAUUUCAUUCAAAAUGCCACUGAUAUUGAGUUCAGUGUCAUCAAACUUGAAGCUCCUUUCAGGGCUCUAAUUGCUGCCGUCUACAGGCCUCCUGACUACGAUGUUCACUCAUUCAUAUCCAACCUCAGAAGUCUCUUGGAUUCACUGGAAGUCAUGGAUCAUCAUCCCAUCUUAGUCUGUGGAGAUUUUAAUGAAGAUUUGCUGUCCAGAGCAAGGAAGCCCAUUCUUGAACUGUUCCAGUCCAAAGGUUAUGAACAACUCAUAACUGAGUCAACCACAGAGAAGAACACGCUGCUUGACCCCAUUUUCAUCUCUUGCCCGCAGUCCUGUAUCCAUUCUGGCGUGCUGCGGACAUACUACAGUUACCACCACCCUGUCUACUGCGUGCUCACUUUAGAAACACCCUAAAAAGAACUGGCUGGUUUAAAAUCGAGAACUUGGUGCAAAGUUAAGGAAAAAAAGAAAUUAUUGCGUCCAUUACUGUCGGUUUACACGUUGCGAUUUAAGAGAAGAGUUUUAAUUAUUGGAUUCCUAUUCGAUCACCUAACGAAACGUUGUAAACAUAGUAUAUUUUAAGAUGGGGGGGUCGUCCUCAGCAGCCAGGCUGUAACACCUGCUCUGGCUGCUCUAGCUUUUAAAAGGCUGGGAGGGAGGGAUGGUCAGACGACCCUCCUAUACCAAAGAAAAACAUACCUGCAAAUACUUUCUAGUCACUGUACAAUGUGAGAUUAAAGACAAUAUAUAAAACUUUAAUACAUUUCUGAAAAAUACAGUGAAGUAAAAUGAUGCAAAGGUCAGUAGAUUAUUAGUAGCAUUUAAAAAAAAAUAUAUAUAUAUAUAUACAGUGAGACAAAUUAAAAACAAGCUAAUUUAAAAGAAAUAAAAACUGCCACUGAAACUAUUAUGAACUAAUGAAAUAUUAUAAACAAAUUAUAUUUUAAGAUGAGGGGGUCGUCCUUAGCAGCCAGGUUGUAACACCUGCUCUGGCUGCUCUAGCUUUUAAAAGGCUGGGAGGGAGGGAUGGACCGACGACCCCCUCCUAUACCAAAUUAUAUAGAAAUACAUUUCUGCAAGUCGUUACUUUACGCUGUAUUAGAGUUGCCCAUUAUGUCCUGCCAUUUACUUUGAGUAGUGGCAGGAAGGUCUGAGGAUGCAUUACUGCUCCUCAUUUCUCUUGAAUGACUUGGUGUGGGCGUAAGGUAAGAACAAUAUUGAUCUUUCAUAUAUACUAGCUGCAGGACUGCUCCAUUUUAAAUGUGAAAAUACACGUUGUUUUACUGGAUUUGUUUGUCUGAAUCUCUCUGUUCAUUUGUUUGGGUUUAGGCACCUGUGCCCUCCAGACACCAAAGAUGUGGGGUGAUGACACUAGAACUCCAGCUCUGUGCUCAGUGUGUCCCAAGGGCCUACCUUGGAGAGGGGAAGACACAUUUCAUCCUAAGAGAGCAUCAGGUCAGCCUAUGAUUUUGAUAUCAAGACAUUUGCACUCUGAGUUUGUUGCCUUUUACUGUUUGUGUUUGUUUCUGGUGGUCUAACAAAGGAGAUAAGGAUGAGCCUCUCUCAAAAGAACAUCCAUUGGUGAACCCUCUGUCUGACACUUGGUUGUAUUCACACCUUCCUGGGCUGAGAAGUUCAUCACCAAGUCUUUCACAGCCGUGUGAAUUUACGGGUAAGAGCUGCAGGUGCCACAGUGAGAAGAAACAAUUCUACCUGUAAAUUCCCUGAACAUGUGCAUGGUGAGUGACAGUACAGUUUAUUCCUUUUAAUCUAAGGCUGCCAAUAAUUUCUCAAUGAUGCUCCAUGGCAUUUUGAAGAAGUUCUUUUUGUCUGGUAGAGUGUCACAGUGGCAGCCCCACACUGGCAGAGCAGCGCCUGAGCAACAGUUCCAGAGUACUGCAGCUAGACAGCCCUGUCUAUCAACUUGAGGAGGACCCACACACAUUGUAAGUUGACUUAAAUGUUGCAGUGUCUGUUUUCUGGUGUAUUUAAAUCAAUCUGUAAAAUUUCAUCUGGUUUCACAGUUUUUUUUUCCUGUUCAGUGCUUCAGAGAGAGGUGAAGUUGGAUGUGCUGUGCAUGCGUCACGAUCCUGACAAGGGGUGCCUCCAUUGAUCUUGAACAGGACUCAAGCAUGUUGUGAGUCAACUGAACAGUUUAUUGAUCAUGAAGAGUUUUGUGACAUUUGCUAGAAAAGUUUAAAGGUAUUGAUAAUAAACGUAAAGUUUUGUCUGCCAGUGCUGUACAGGAAACCAAACCCUCUCCGUGUGUGACCGAUUAGCGGAGAGAACUUCUGAUCCAGGAUUGGACAAGUUGUUGCUCACACAAUGCUGGACCUCUAACGGGUAUGUACUUUUCUUCAGCAGUCACAUUAUUUCUUUGUUCAUCUGAUGUGACAACCUUCUCUCCUCUCUGUACAUCACAGAAGUCGACAUGAGCUGAAGAACUAGAAAAGUCCUGCAGAUCUUGUGACUGUGGCUUCUUAGAACCAAGCACCGAGUCUACAGCAGAGAAGGGUUCUGACCUGGGGAGCAACAGCUCUGAACUUCACCAAGUAUGUUUCAUCUUCAAAAUCUUUGACAUUUCCACACUACAACCAGCUGUGUAGGAUUUCAGUUUGUCGUCUGUAACACCGGUGUAAACUGUUGUCUUUUCCUCUCAACUCAUCACAGAACCAGCUCGACAUGAGCCACAGAGCCAAACCCAGCAACCAUGUGACCCUGGAGCCAUGUGAUCUCUGCUGAGCUUUGAACUCUAAAAUACUGCAUGCUCAGCCGUCCUGGUAGGGGAUCCCUCUAAGACCUGGCCUACCUAAAGGUUUCUUCCUCUUAUCCUGAGAAAGGUUUUUGGGGGAGUUUUUCCUGACAUGCUUGGAGGGUCGAAAGGCUGACGGUGCCAUAUACCCCAGAUUUUUUUCUGAUUCAAUGUCAAUAAAGAAAGUAAAUAAAA